AUGGCGUCUCCGCAACAGUCCAGAAUUCAGACGUAUCUGGAGAAGAACAAGAUCGGACCCCUGUUUGAGGAGCUGAUGACCAAAUUGAUAACAGAGACUCCAGACCAUCCAAUCCCCUUUCUUAUUGAUCAUCUGCAGACCAAACUAGACAGUCACGGCAAGCUGCACCGCGCCCUCUCCGGCUCCGCUGCUCUGUGGGCCCAGAGCUCUCCAGAAUAUAAACACGCUCGACGGGAGUACAGCAGCUAUGAGAAGCCAUGGCAAAUCCAUCCCACAAAGCCCAAGAAAUCAAAGAGUGACCUGGCUGUGUCCAACAUCUCUCCGCCAUCUCCAGAGUCCAAGUCUUUGCCGCGGUCCAUCGAAUGUCCAGCCUGGGACUGGAGAGAGAGCCGGGACUUCGACGAGCUCAGCCACAUCCUGCAGGAGAGCCGGAAGCUGGGAAAGGCCCUGGAAAGCCUCUCACGCAGUAUUGCCAUAACGGACGAGCUUGAUCAGAAUUUGGGAGGCUACAACUCCUUGCUGCGGCCCCGUGUAGUUGGGGAGUGGAUGGGUCGUGCUGAGGUGGACCCGGACCCCCUGGCUGAGGAGAUGCUGCGGCCUCCAAACCCCCGCAUCAAAGCUGCUCUGUGCUGGAGCAGCAACAACAGUCUCUCUGGCAGCCUCAUCAUGGAGGGGAAGAACAAAGGGCUGAAGGAGCAGCAGCAGCAGCAUAAGAAAGUGUUGGCGUCCAUGUUGUCCCAGGACUCGUUCGACUCAAUCCACAGCCCCGCACCGUCGCUCGUGGAGGAGGAGAUGGAGGAUGAAGACGACGCCAUGGAACUUCUAGAGGACCUGGACGACCUGCGCAUGGAGGGCGUCACGGUGCUGGCUCUGACCGGGAGCAAGUUCAGUCAGGGUCGGAGCUCGUAUCAGGCAGAACCACAGGCCAAAGUCACUCUCAACAUCUGCUCCAGGUGUGCCAGGCUCCAGGGAGACUCUUUAUCCGACAAAUCUGAGGAGGAUCACCGGGCUCACGUAUUGGAACAAGCUGUACCUGACAUCUCCUCCCCAUUGCCGCGGGUGAAGUCUGCGACGGGACGGGUGCAGGAAUGCGAGUCGUCAUCUCAUGUAUCUACCUCUCGUCAGGCAGUCUGGGAGGCUGAUCUGAAGCCUGUCAGAGGUGGCACUUCGCUGGGACAAACGGGCCUGCUACUGGGCGACUCCCUCUUCUCCAAAGAGUUGGAGAACAUGGGCAAGCAGUUAGCCGAAGUUGAGAAGGACCUGGCUAAACUCGCAGAGGCGGGAAAGAUGACCACACGCAGCGCCAACAACCCUCACAGUAGCUCCCUGCACCACAGGACCCUCCCGGACACUCUGCCCCUCACCAGCAUCCUGUCUCGGCCCCAGUCUCCUGCUAGCGGCCUCUCCUCCAUGAAGCCCACCCCCGGCCUGGCCUCGCUCAGCUCCAAACCCACCACUCUGACCAUGGGGCGCUCUCCCAGUAACCCCAGCAGCAGGACUCAAACUCCCAGAACUCCCAGCAGCCGACCUCUGACUCCAAAUAGUUUACUGACACGCAGCAGUUUUAACCCUGGGGCACAUAAAGAGGUCACCUUCAGGAGGUCCCGGAGCAGACCUGUGACCCCCACCUGUCAGCCCAUGCGCCCCCGGCCACUGCUCACCCCCCCAGGCCUCAGCACCACCGACAGCCUUGGAGCGAGCCUGCGGGCCUAUCUGUCUGAGGAUGAGUUUUACCAGCAGCUACAGGCCAUCCGGCAGCCCUGGCGUAUCCCCAGUGAUACAGACAGUGACAUCAUGGACCCUCCGGAGCAGGACAGAAGUGGUGCUCAAGACAACAGAUCGGUCUUUUCAGGAAUUGGUGACUGGUGA